AUGAGCCCGCGCCCCGGAGCGCUGGGCACACUGGCUGCCGCUCAGCUGGUCAUCACGGCCCGCCUGGCAUGCCCGCCGGUCACUACACCGUUGCGAUCCCUGGUCGCUGGCCCAAGCCGCCUUCCUUGGUCGCCGCCACCCAGUGGCCCGCGUCUUCAAACACGCACGUUGUUCACCCGAGCAACAUCGUUUUGGGCUCCUUCAUACCCUCCACCUACAAACGAUCAGUCUUGGGUGCCCGCGAUCCCGCCCCGUCCAGGAGCAGACCUGUCGCCUCCGCCUCUACCGGCUCCCAGCCCUGUGACGCAGGAGAACAUCGCGCCGAGCGAUGGCCGCCGGAGUCGUAUCAAGGAGCGAUAUCUCGACAGUCUCAUGGACAAGGCCGGCGAGCUCGGUCUGCAAUGCUCCAUCCUCGACUCGCACGGCAACUGGACAGCCGAGGAAGGCAGUUAUCGCAAAAUGGAUCUGUGCCGCGCGCACGACCUAGACCCGCGCGAUUUGCGCAAACUCGACUCGCUCAACCCCUCCCUAGUCCCCAUUAUCCUCACGCGCCGGUCGUGUAUCCUCAUUUCCAUCCUGCACAUUAGGGCCCUUAUCAAGCCCGACCGUGUCAUCAUCUUCAACGCGCCCGGGACCGAAGAGUCCGAGGCUGCCCGCCGGUUCAAGGCGCACCUGCAGGCCAACGUCCAAGCCGGUUUGGCACUGGAGCGUACGGAAAGGGAAAAGGUCGAGCAGGAACAUCCCGAUGGUCGUAUCCCGGAAUUGAGAGAAGACGACCUGGGGCUCAGCUACGAGCACCGCGCGCUCGAGAGUAUCCUUGUCGACACGGCCAAUGCGCUCGAGGAGGAGAUGGGCUUUGUCCGUCGCCUGGUCGAGGAGCUGCUCGAGUCCUUUGAGCACGACAUUAACCGUGACAACCUUCGCAAGCUGCUCCACUACUCGCGCCGCCUCGCCGGCUUCCAGAGCCGUGCCAAGUAUAUCAAGUCGGCCGUCGACGAGCUUCUCGAUUCAGACGAGGACCUCAGCGCAAUGUACAUUUCGGACCGUCUGCAGGGUAAGCCCCGCGCUCUGCACGACCACGAACAGCUCGAGUUGCUCUUUGAGAGCUUUUCGAAGCAGGUAGAGGAAAUCGUCUCGGAGAUUGAUACCAUGGUGGCCAAUGUCCAAUCCACUCAAGAAGUCGCCGAGCUCAUGCUCGAUUCAGGCCGCAACGCCCUCCUUGCGCUUGACAUCAAGAUCUCCAUGGCCACCAUGGGUGUUGGUGUUGGCGCCCUCGUCGCUGGUCUGUUCGGCAUGAACCUGGUCUCUGGCCUCGAGGACACGCCGCACACGUUCUUCAUCGUUACUGGAGGUGCCGGUAUUGUUGCCCUCCUCGUGUACUGGUACUCGUCUCGCGUCCUUCGCAAGGUCCGCCACGUCGCGCUCGUCGGUCGCCCCACGAGUCUUCCCGAGUCGGUCCGUAUGGCCAAGGAGCGCUUCGUUCGCGAACGUGCAGAGUACGCCCGCGCCGAGGCUCAGGCAGAGUACGCCCGUGUCGUCGCCGAGUGCGGCGGUGACCCGCACGGCGCAGCGGCGACAAUGGUAGCAGUCAGGAGCAAUGCCGCCACCGCCGCUGCUGCUGUCGCUUCCACUCCCAUUCCCGACUACGAGGCUCGCUGGCACCUCGUUCGCCGCGGUCUCCGCGCCCGGAGUAGCUGGUGGGACCGCAUCUUCCGCCCCCAUUCCCUUCGCCGCAACCUACUGGGUAUGCGUGGCCAGCCGCCACGCGGCCAGCCCAUCCCAGCGCGCGUGACGAUUUCAUGGAACCCUCCAAAGGGCACUGCUCCUGGAAACAGUGCACGUACCGCGCGUGCCACGGCCGCAGCAGUGUCCACUCCGUCCCACCCGGCCACGCGGCCCACGACACCCAGGCAUGACCAGCCGACAGGCUACAGGUCAGAGUACUCGGCUAGGAAGUAG